CGCGUCGCGAGCACGGCUUUUGACAGACGGUGUGCCUCCCCACCGUGCUUUGCCGACUUGCCGCCCCAUUCUAGGGAUCUGGCAUAGAAGUUCUCAAUACCUUGUGAGCGACACUCUUCCUGCAUGGAAAUAUGACAACCAUGGAUGGCGGCCCAGCAAGAGAAGAUUCCAAAUUCUUGGAGCCCGUGGCCCCACAGCCAUCCAGCUUUGUUUUUUCAAACGAUGAGGCGAUGGAAGACGCGGAGUGUGGAAGGGAAGAAGAAUGGGACGAAUCUCUAUUCCAGUCUGACGCAGAUCGACUCGGGGGACUGAUGGCCUCUCGACCGGGGCUUUCAGCACCGGCUGCCCGCUCUGCCUCCGCGACACGCAAGACUUUGAUGCGCAUCAAUGUUCGGGCUGGCGCACCAUUAAUAAUGGGUCAGUACAAAACGUCUACUCUUGCAGUCUUGGCUCGUCGUAUGCAGGAUAUCCAUCGAUCCGUAUUCAGUAACAGUGAUGGACCAGAAACACCUGAGGAAAACGAUAAAAAAUUUUGGGAAAAUUUGCUCCUGGAAGAUUAUGAAAACAUCUGGGGCUUCAAUCAGCGGGAGACUGCGAAAUCCCGUUUUGUGACAAGCUGAGCUCCUAUAGUGUUAGUAUAAGAGGAAUUCCCAAGGGACAAACCUUGUACUAGGUUUAUGUUAGCGGAUAGGCUAGGCUGGACUAGCGGGUAAUUAACAAGGAUAAAGGGGUUUGUU